AUGGCCGACGCCGCGAGGAAAGAGGCGUAUAAAAGGCGGAAUCAGUCGCUGCUCCUAUACACUGCUGCCACUUUCAUCUUCGGCAUUGGCGUGACCUAUGCCGCCGUGCCGCUGUACCGCGCGUUCUGCGCCUCGACUGGCUUCAGCGGCACCCCGAUGGUGGGCACGGGGCGCUUCUCUGCCGAGCACCUCAUCCCGCGCUGGCUCGACCCACGGACCGGUGCCGAGACGCGGCGUAUUCGUGUGACGUUCAACGCCGACGCCUCGGACGCCCUGCCGUGGGGCUUUGAGCCGGCGCAGAACGAGGUGUACGUGCUGCCGGGCGAGACGGCGCUGGCGUUCUACAAGGCCAAGAACACAGGCCCGGUGGACAUCACAGGCAUUGCCACGUACAACGUUGCGCCGGACAAGAUCGCGCCGUACUUCGCGAAGGUCGAGUGCUUCUGCUUCGAGGAGCAGCGCCUGCUGGCCGGCGAGGAGGUGGAUCUGCCCGUCUUCUUCUUCAUCGACGCCGACGUGCUCGACGACCCCAGCGCGCGUGACGUGCGCGACGUCGUGCUCAGCUACACGUUCUUCGGCGCGCGACGCAACGAGAAGAACGGCCAGCUCGAGCCAGACACAGAUCUCAGCAAGUACACUGUCGGCAAGGACCUCUAA